AUAGUCACAAUGAAGCUCCUGAUCUUGGCUUUGUUUGUCGCUGGCGCCUACGGGUGUGGCAUGCCCACCUACAACCCCAUCCUCACCAGGGUGGUUGGUGGACAUGACGUCCGUGAGAACAGCUGGCCCUGGCAGGUGUCUCUGCAGUACCAGAGUGGCAACAGUUUCUACCACACCUGCGGAGGUACCCUGAUCUCCAACCAGUGGGUCCUCACCGCUGCUCACUGCAUCAGCAGUCGCACCUACAGAGUCUACCUGGGAAAACACAGCCUGGAUACCAACAAUGAGGCUGGUUCCAUCGCCAUCAGCCCCGCCAAAAUCAUCGUCCAUGAGAACUGGGACUCUUACAGAAUCCGUAACGACAUUGCCCUGAUCAAGCUCUCGACUCCUGUCACAUUCUCCAACACCAUCAUGGCUGCCUGUCUCCCCAACUCUGGCGACAUCCUGCCGAACCAUGCUCCCUGCUACGUGACCGGCUGGGGCCGCCUCUGGACUGGAGGCCCUAUUGCCGACAACCUGCAGCAGGCCCUCCUUCCCGUGGUCGACCACGCCACCUGCAGCAGGUACGACUGGUGGGGUAGCCAGGUCACUGAAAGCAUGGUCUGUGCCGGAGGAGACGGACAGCUGGCUAGCUGCAACGGAGACUCCGGCGGUCCCCUGAACUGCCAGAACCCUGAUGGCUCCUGGGACGUCCAUGGUGUGGUGAGCUUUGGCUCAGGCUUGGGCUGCAACUACCCCAAGAAGCCCUCCGUCUUCACCAGGGUCAGCGCCUACAUCUCCUGGAUCAACAACGUGAUGGCCACGAACUAA